CGCACUACUAAACAAAAUUCUGUCGAAACUUGAGUAAGUUUGAGUUUUAAUUUGACUCGUUUUUUCGGAGCAGUGGUUGCAACUAAGUUAUUAUUUUGAUCGUUUCUAAUCUCUGGGAGAUUCAUCCAGGACAUCAGAAUGCCGCUAAUUAAUAAAUGUUGUGGUAUGCAGCUCCGCACGGGAACUUACGUCUGUUGUUUGUACAGUAUGAUUUACUCUCUGGCCGCUCUUGGGAUUGCCGCAUAUGGAAUAAGUAACUACCUAGUGAACAUCCAAACAGCACACAAGUCGCUACAGGCUUUCAACUUGACGUCCAUGGAAAUGAACACGGCUGUGAGCAUGGAGGCCCGAGUUCUUUACAUCGCUAGCUGUGUGGAUAUCGGUCUGUACGCUCUUCUAGCCAUUGUUACUAUGCUGGUCUUGGUGGGACUCUGCAGACUGCAACGUUAUUUCUUCAUACCGUACCUGACUGUGAUGGGAAUGUUGACUGUUCUGCAAAUCAUUACCUGCUUGCUCUUCCUCAUCGUCGUGGUCAUGUUUGCAUCACCGGUCAGUGUUGGGCAGCUGUUCAUGGCGGUUCUGUUCACCUUAGUCGACGUGCAGUGUUUGAGAUGUGUUGGUUUGUACUACCGGGAACUAAGAGAUGGCAGAGCUCAAAUCAGAGCGAAUUACUCUAUCAGGGUGCCCGAAUUCAGCGACAUGGAGAAGACGAGUGACAUGACCAUGGACUUCAAGGAUGAAGAAGCCCCGCCCCCUUAUUCCUCCCUCAUCGGGGGUACCGACUAAAUGGAUCACCUCAAGAUGGCGCUCUCUGGACAAAAGGGGGCAGCAGACUUGCCACGUAAGUCUGUUGUUUAUCAGGUUAUAUAACAUGCCCAGAACUCAACUAACCAAGGCUAAACUUAUUAUUUUUGUUAUUCAUUUAAAGUAACAUUACAGAAUUGGUUUUUGCUAACAAAACAGUUGCUGGCAGUG